UGUAUGUGACAGUUUGUUAGCUAGUUGUCUUGGAAACUAGCUAAAUGGAGGGAUUUUGAAGCUAGUGAAGGACAGAGUCGGUGUCGAGAAGUCCAUAUCGACUGCCUAAAUCUUUGCACAAAUGAGCCAGUUUUCCAACUAGUUAGACCUAGCGAGAGUUAUCUGUAGCAAUACUUGGCUUCAAACUGCAAAGUUAUAAUUGAGUCGCUAACUAACGUAGAUAGUACUCUGGCUGUGCGCGCGAAGGGCCCUGAAGAGCUGGAAAAGUAAGUAUAAUCUACAACAUCAUGACCCAACAAGGAGCAGCGCUACAAACCUACAACAAUGAGCUUGUCAAGUGUAUCGAGGAGCUGUGCUCUAAGAGGGAUGAGUUGAACCGUCAGAUACAGCUGGAGGAGGAGGAGAAGGGUCGUCUACAACACGACAUUCGUGUCCUCACUGAGAAGCUAAGCCGCGUCAAUGAGAGCUUGGCCAGACGACUCACCGCCCGCGCUGACUUUGACCGCACCAUCGCUGAGACUGAGGCUGCCUAUAUGAAGAUUCUGGAGAGCUCUCAGACACUGCUGAGUGUACUAAAGAAGGAAGCGGGAAAUCUCGGCAAAGCCACUGAACCCAGAGGGAAAGAUCACUGACGUCCAAACUACCUUCCCUCUCACCCAGAUACCAGCACUUCCCCUCACCAUCUUAUCUAGAACUGUUUGUAAUAUAUUUAUGUAAAAAUGUUUUGAAUAACUAAUUCUGCUCUUUACUGGUGUACUUAUUUUUUAUCAAUUUAAUUAUUUUAAUAAAGUUUGAAGAUUC